AUGGAUCCGGCCAAGGAACUUGAUAUUACCGUCCCCACCAUGAACAUGAACAUGAACAUGGAAGACAUCCUCGACUUGUUGCCCGUCCCCACUCUUGUUGUGUCCCCAUCCUAUCGCAUCCAAAGAGCCUCACUCGGUCUGCUCGAGGCCUGGGGACGUAAGCGCGAGGUCCUUGUCGGCCAAGACCUCUUCACUGCCCUCUAUCAUGGAUCGCCUACCGAAAGGUUUGAUCGCAUUCCCUUUGUUUACGCGAUUGAAACUGCACUUGAAGCUCGUGCUCUCCGUCUAUGUCAUGCGGCCUAUAUCGCGAAUGGCAUUUCUUGGACUGCACGUAUCAUGCCCGUGCACAAAGGCGAUGAACUACUGUGCCUGGCCAUAGAAUGGGAACAAGCCGAGCCUCACACUACAACGGUCAGCGGCGAGAUAACACAGAGCUGGCUACCUAUCGACGACGCUUUCCGCAUCCUUGUGCAGGCUGUCAAAGAUUAUGCAAUCUUCCUGCUCGACACCCGUGGGAAUGUCAUGACCUGGAACACUGGAGCAGAGCUAAACAAGGGCUAUAAGAAGGAAGAAAUCAUUGGCAAGCACUUUACAAAAUUCUAUGGCCAAGAAGACAUCCAGUCUCGAAAACCCGAGAGAGAACUCGAGAUUUGCUUGCGUGAAGGCAGGGUCGAAGAUGAGGGCUGGCGCUAUCGUAAAGAUGGCAGCAGGUUCUGGGCCAACGUGGUUAUAACGGCCAUUUAUAAGAACGACAUCCAUGUUGGCUUCGGCAAAGUCACAAGGAAUCUCACUGAACGAAAAGAGGCAGAACUGCGACUGACCGCUGCCUAUGAGGAAAGCACCAAGCUGAAGAAUGAUUUCCUGGCAAAUAUGAGUCACGAGAUCCGUACCCCUAUGCAUGGUGUACUAUCUGCCUGCUCCUUACUGCUGGAUAGUCGCCUCACUGAAGAGCAACGGGAGACAGCCAACAUGAUCCAAGAAAGUGGACAUGUUCUGUUACGCAUCAUCAACGAUAUUCUUGACUACUCCAAGAUUGCGGCUGGCACCUUUCCCAUCAGGAACGAGAGGCUGGAUAUUGCGAAUGUCAUUACAUCGGCCGUACGAAGAGCACAAACUACCGUGCAACCGGGAGUAUCUCUAAAAUUGGAGCUAUCGUCAAAUUUACCAAAAUGGGCGGAAGGGGACGCUUUGAGAUACCGUCAGAUCUUUGAAAACAUUCUGGGGAAUGCUGUAAAGUUUACCGAGAAGGGUUACAUUUCGGUGCAUGCAUCGCUGCUUGCUGAAGAUGAGACCAGUCACACCAUACAAACAGAAGUCUGGGAUACUGGGCAUGGAAUUACAGAAGUCGACGCGAAAGAGCUGUUUAAACCGUUCACGCAGCUUGAUACACCGGACCAGAAGCGGCGUCCAGGAACAGGUCUUGGGUUAUCAAUUGCAAAAUCACUUGUUGAGCUGAUGGGAGGGAACAUUGGAUAUAAGCCUAACCCGCAACGACAGGGCAGUAUCUUUUGGUUCUCGUUUAAGGUAAAGAAGCUCAGCAGCCUCCGUCAGGCCGAACCUAUAACCGCUCCACCGGGACUCGGAGCGGAAUUACCCCAGCAUCAGGUCCAACAAGGCGAGGAUCUUGCCACGCAACUAGAACAAUUAUUGAAGAUCUCACCAACAAAGAGGAUCCUUGCAGCCGAGGACAACAUCAUCAACCAAAAGGUCCUCGUCGGAAUGCUGCAUGGUUUUGGAUUCAAGGAUAUUACAGUUGUCUCAGAUGGCGCUCAAGCUGUGUCGUCACUGUCAGCGGCGGCUGGUACCUUUGACUUGAUACUCAUGGACAUCAGUAUGCCUGUUAUGAAUGGUUACGAGGCAACACUUCGGAUACGUCGUAGCAGUAUACGACUCCCUAUAAUUGCCAUGACCGCCUAUGCGCUGAAAGGCGACAUGGAGCGUUGCCUGGAGAAAGGGAUGGACGAUUAUAUCCCCAAGCCAAUGGAUAGGCAAGUUCUGAUGAGAAAGCUAUUGAAAUGGCUUCGAAAGCCAGACCUUAGCAUGAGGCUGGAUUAG